AUGGCUCCCACCGGCCCUCGGUCCCAUGCGUCAUCGCGCGAUCCUAUCGACGAACCCAUCCAACAACCACCCAUCCCCGACGGCGUCGUGCCUCUGGACCAUUCCGAUCCUGCCAGGGGACCACACCCUGGCCAUGUCCAAGUAGCCUGCCAAUUCACUUUGGAACAGAAGCUGCGCCGCAUGCUCAAAGAGCAGUCCUACGACCCGGCGCGGGAGGAUACCUACCGGCUCCAGGGCGUUCAACUGAUCGAUAACGUCCGCGAGAGCCUUCACUUACCCAUUCGCACCUUCGAUACUGCCUGCUUCUACUACCACCUCUUCCGACUCUGCCAUAGGGACGUAGAGUACAACUACCAGGACGCCGCCCUGGCAUCACUCUUUCUGGCCUGCAAGGUGGAGGAUACCAUCAAGAAGUCUAAGGAGAUAUUGUGUGCUGCUUACAACAUAAAAAAUGCCGAUUAUCCCACGACCCAAGACGACAAGAUGUUUGAGGGUCCGGCGCGGAUCAUUACAGGCCUGGAGCGUCUCAUUUUAGAGACCAUUGGUUUCGAUUUUCGCAGCCGUUACGUUCAAAAAUACUUAGUCAAAGCUACCCGAGUGAUACUGGGUUCCCAGGCACCCAAGGACUUCUUCGCUCUCACCUACCAUAUCAGUAUCGACCUUCACAAGACCUUCGCCCCUAUCAAGCAUGCAACAUGGACCAUGGCCCUGGCCGUGAUCGAGAUGGCGGCCCGCGUCACCGGAACCUAUGUGGAGGAGGUCCGACGCGUCCGGCCAUCCGACUGGCACACGAGUCGCGAGGACAUCCUCGAGGCGCUUUUCGAUCUUCUUGAUCUUUACACCCAUCACACCAAGGCGACCAGGCUCGGGUCCAAACACGAGCUGAACAGGUUCAUCCAAAUCCGAAUUGAUCUCAAUAAGGAGAUGGAAUCCAGCUAUGAGCAGAAGGAACCUAAGAUCAUCCCUUACUCUUGCGAUGCCUGCGAAAUGGAGCCACCGCCAACGGGCUUUACCUUGGCCGUGACGCCGAGUCUCACGCCGAGCUUCACCCCGGGCGUCACUCCCGGUUCCGCCACAUCCCCUGCUACCGCGGGUUCCGGGAGCAAUCCCGCCGUCCGGCGCAGCACGCGCGGCGCCGAGGGCACGAUGCGCUUCGUCUUCGACAAGGAGCAGGCACAGAAGGAGCAGGAUGCGGUCAAUUCGUACCUGCACGAGGACUACGAGGAUGUGGAGAUUGACGUGAUCGAAAAGGUCCCCGAGCCCGAGCGUCGGAACAAUAAGGAUAGGGGCGACGGAUGGAACCCGCAUCCUUAUCCGCGGAACCGAGAUCGCAGGAAGGGGAAUCGACGUCGCUAG